AUGUCGGGAUUUUCAGACAUUCAAAUACCGCCGGGGGUAGCGAAAGGGGUGUUGCGUGGUGAUCGUAACGCGCUGGCGGAUGCCUAUCGCCUGCUCGCCCGUGCGGUGAUGAAUCUUGCCAGUCGAAUCCUGCAGGAUCGGGGCCUGGCUGAAGAAGUUGUGCAGGAUACUUUCAUCGAUCUGGUCGAAAAAGCCGGACAGAUUAAAGAUGUCGACGCGAUUCGGCCCUGGGUACGCAGAGUGGCGGUUAACCACUGCCUGAUGCGUCUGCGUUCCCCCUGGCAUGCCCGCCGUAGCGAUGCCGACGCAGAAGAAAUUUUUGCGUCCAGAGAGCCGGAUAACUCGAUGGAGUGGGCUGUUCAACUGCCCACCCUCGAACACGCGCUGGGUGCUUUGUCAGAUGAGGCGCGCACGGUGGUGUGGCUGCACGAUGUCGAAGGCUACACCCAUAAAGAAAUAGCUGAGUUGAUGGGUAAGACGGCGAGUUUUUCGAAAUCCCAGUUAGCGCGAGCUUACGAAAAGCUGCUGAACUGGCAGAAACAACUCAACAGUGAACAGGUAGACGAUCCGGAAGUCAUCGAGCAACUCGAGCAGAUUCGGGGGCUUGGCAUUGCGCUGCAGUCUCUGCCGGACGUACCCGUUGAUGACGAGAUCUGGCUGCAGGCUAUGCCUGCGCCUGUAAAGCGCAGUAUAUGGCUGCGUUAUCCUAUGGCUACCGCUGCCUCGGUGUUUUUUGCUUCAGUGGUUGGCAUGUUUAUGCUGUUUGGCGGGCCGGUUUCGGAUAUCGGAAACAACACAGGUCCGGUGCAGUACACCAGUUUAGAUUCGAUGGAUAACAGCGGUGCUCAGUUGGCAGCGUUAAUGCGCCAGUCGCGAGAUUUAGAGCAACGUUUGUAUGGCGUUAACCCACUGGCGCAAGCGGCGGAUGGACCGCAUGCCACCUACCAGGGUAUGCCGGCGCCGACUGCGCUGGAGGAAACUUUGUUGUUUCGCCUUGCAGAUGUUGACGGGCAGAUUGCGCGUUUGUAUGACGCGGCAGACAUGGACAGUGCGCAGCGCCAGGGCCUGUGGAUGAAACGCGUUGAAUUGUUAGAAAGUUUGGAGUAUGUAAUGUUUCGAGUAUGUAUGGCUUUCCUGAUGAUGUUGCUUUUCAGUCCGGUAGCUUUGGCCGGUGAUGAAGAGUUAGACAAAGAAAUAGCCGAAGUCCAACGUAAUCUGGAUGAGUCAGCUCGGAUGCUGGCUGAGUUAUAUCGUCAGCGGUAUUCUGCUGGGGAAGGCAAAGACCGGGCGAUGUUAGGGAUUCUGCUGGGUGAUGGCGCUGCUGACGGCGGCGUUGAGCUGUUUGGUGUGACCCCUGGCGGUGGUGCGGAUCAGGCGGGCCUCGCUGCGGGUGACCUCAUUGUAAAAAUGGAUGACCUGUCUAUCAGUGAAGCUAAGAGUCCGAUGCGUGCGCUCUCGAAUUAUAUGAAACAGGUGUCUCCUGGGGAUGAGGUGGAAGUAGUCUUUGACCGCAACGGAGAGCGUCAGACUGCAACCGUGACGACGCAGGCGCACUCCGCUCACAUGAUGACCAUGGUGCAGGAAAAAAUGGCAAAGCUGGGCGAUGUGUUGCCCGUUGAUCUUGAUUCGCUGGUGCUGAUGCCCGAUGGUGCGGGACACAAAAUGGUGUCCAAGACCAUCAUUUCCAGACAGUUGAUGUCUGUGGAUGGUGAUCUGGCGAGCUAUUUUGAUGUUGAUGCGGGUGUGCUGGUGGUAGAACCUGCGCCUGGUUCAGCACUGAAAGCGGGCGAUAUCCUGCUUGCAGUGAAUAAUGUUGACGUUACCGAUCUGGAUAUGGCCUACAAGCUUCUCGGCGAAGUCGAAGAUACAGCUGAAAUUGAAGUGAAACGCCGCGGUAAAAACCGCACACUCGACGUCAGCGCGGAUGAGCUGCUGGCAUCGGCGAACACAACCCAGACGCGCGUAAUCCGCAUCAAUGCACCGGAUGAAAACGGUAAAGAAGUGGUUGUUAAGAUUGAAGUGACGGCUGCGCAAACGUCCGACAAUGUCACCCGGGCUGCCCCAGAUAUCACCAUCUACCACCUUGAAGGGCGACGUUCGGAACGGAUCGUCUGGCUGAUGGAAGAGCUAGGCAUGCCUUAUGAGCUGGUUUUCGAGAGAGGUGAUCUCUCCGCUUCCAUGGCAAACAUCCGUGCGGUUAAUCCCGAUGUGCCGAUGGCGCCAACAGUGCUCAUCGGUGAUCAGAUUCUGGUCGAGUCUGGUGCGAUUAUUGAAGUUAUUCUGAAUCGAUAUGCGCCAGAUAAGUUAACACCCGAACUGUUCUCCGCAGACUAUGCCAAUCACAUGAUGUGGAUGCAUUUUGCCGAAGGUAGUCUGGCUGCCCGGUUGUUCUCCGACUAUCGGACCUGGUUGCGUAACCCACCUACGGAACGUUCGCGCAUGGUCGAUUCCGAAGCAACCGUUCAAUACGCUGAAAACCACCUGGCUAAACACCCCUGGUUUGGUGGUGAACAGUUCUCUGCUGCUGACAUCAUGAUGAUGUUUCCUUUGAACGUGGCAACGGGACUGAAUAUCGUUGAUGAAGCACAGUUCCCUAACGUCGCAGCCUGGAAAAAGAAAGCGGAAGCGCGAUCCGCUUAUCAGCGCAUGUUAAAAGCAGCUCGACCCGAUGGCAUGAUUGGGAAUCUGCCCAGGCUGCCUGAACAUGCACCAUCCGGUCCGCGGUAA